AUGGCCACAGAAAUUGGCUCCCCACCCCGGUUUUUCCAUAUGCCGAGGUUCCAGCACCAGGCACCUCGGCAGCUGUUCUACAAGAGACCUGAUUUUGCACAGCAGCAGGCAAUGCAACAGCUCACCUUUGAUGGAAAACGGAUGAGAAAAGCUGUGAACCGGAAAACCAUAGACUACAAUCCCUCUGUAAUUAAAUAUUUGGAGAAUAGAGUAUGGCAGAGAGACCAGCGAGACAUGCGGGCAAUUCAGCCUGAUGCAGGAUAUUAUAAUGAUCUGGUCCCUCCUAUAGGAAUGCUGAAUAACCCUAUGAAUGCUGUAACAACAAAAUUUGUUAGGACAUCUACCAAUAAAGUAAAAUGCCCAGUGUUUGUUGUCAGGUGGACUCCUGAAGGGAGGCGCUUGGUCACUGGGGCUUCUAGUGGAGAGUUCACCUUGUGGAAUGGAUUGACUUUCAAUUUUGAAACAAUAUUACAGGCUCACGACAGCCCUGUAAGGGCCAUGACUUGGUCACACAAUGAUAUGUGGAUGUUGACAGCAGACCACGGGGGAUAUGUGAAAUACUGGCAGUCCAACAUGAACAACGUCAAGAUGUUCCAGGCACAUAAGGAGGCGAUUAGAGAGGCCAGUUUCUCACCCACGGAUAAUAAAUUUGCUACAUGCUCUGACGACGGCACUGUUAGAAUCUGGGACUUUCUACGUUGCCAUGAGGAGAGAAUUCUUCGAGGGCAUGGGGCAGAUGUGAAGUGUGUUGACUGGCAUCCAACAAAGGGAUUGGUUGUAUCAGGAAGCAAAGACAGUCAACAGCCUAUCAAGUUUUGGGAUCCAAAAACUGGCCAGAGCCUUGCCACACUACACGCUCAUAAAAACACAGUGAUGGAGGUAAAGUUGAACCUGAAUGGGAAUUGGCUGCUUACAGCAUCUCGUGACCAUCUCUGCAAGCUCUUUGACAUCCGAAACCUGAAAGAAGAGCUCCAAGUCUUCAGGGGUCACAAGAAAGAGGCCACAGCUGUGGCCUGGCACCCUGUUCAUGAAGGGCUUUUUGCCAGUGGAGGUUCCGAUGGCUCUUUGUUGUUCUGGCAUGUUGGGGUGGAGAAGGAGGUUGGCGGAAUGGAAAUGGCCCAUGAGGGAAUGAUCUGGAGUCUGGCUUGGCAUCCUCUUGGACACAUUCUCUGCUCAGGCUCAAAUGACCAUACCAGCAAAUUCUGGACUCGAAAUCGGCCUGGAGAUAAAAUGAGAGAUCGUUACAACCUGAACCUGCUGCCAGGAAUGUCAGAGGAUGGCGUGGAAUAUGAUGACCUUGAACCCAACAGCCUUGCAGUGAUUCCUGGGAUGGGAAUACCUGAGCAACUGAAACUAGCCAUGGAACAAGAGCAGAUGGGGAAAGAUGAGUCAAAUGAAAUUGAGAUGACAAUCCCAGGGCUGGACUGGGGAAUGGAGGAGGUGAUGCAAAAGGACCAAAAGAAAGUGCCACAGAAAAAAGUGCCCUAUGCAAAACCAAUCCCAGCACAGUUUCAACAGGCUUGGAUGCAGAAUAAGGUCCCUAUCCCUGCUCCACCUGAGCUGAUGAAUGACAGAAAGGAGGAUAUUAAACUAGAGGAGAAAAAGAAAACACAGGCAGAGAUCGAGCAGGAAAUGGCAGCACUUCAGUACACCAACCCACAGCUCUUGGAGCAACUGAAGAUUGAGAGACUUGCACAAAAGCAAGCUGAGCAAGUCCAGCAGCAGGCACCACCUCCAGGAGGCCCUCUGCAUGGACCCCAGCCUUUCCCAGGACAAGGCCCAAUGUCGCAGAUGCCUCAAGGAUUUCAGCAGCCCAUUCCACCUCAGCAGAUGCCAAUUAAUAUGCCUCAAAUGGGACCCCCUGGUCCACAGGGACAGUUCAGACCUGGAGGACCCCAGGGACAAAUGGGACCCCAAGGUCCUCCAUUACAUCAAGGAUCUGGAGGUCCCCAAGGCUUCAUGGGACCACAAGGACCUGCAGGUCCCCAGGGACCUCCGCAAGGACUGCCAAGACCUCAGGAUCUACAUGGGCAUCAAGGAAUGCAGAGACAUCCUGGACCUCAUGGGCCCAUGGGGCCUCAAGGGCCACCGGGUCCACAGGGUAAUUCUGGCCCCCAAGGUCACUUAGGACCACAAGGUCCACCUGGGUCUCAGACUCAUUUAGGGCCGCAAGGUCACUUAGGUCCUCAAGGUCCCCCUGGUGGUCAAGGAAUGCAGGGGCCACCUGGUCCAAGAGGAAUGCAAGGGCCUCCUCUUCCUCAUGGAAUGCAAGGAGGUCCAGGAUCUCAAGGGAUGCAGGGCCCUAUAUCUCAAGGGCCUUUGAUGGGACUUAAUCCAAGAGGGAUGCAGGGUCCACCAGGGCCCCGUGAUAAUCAGGGACCUGCUCCACAAGGGAUGAUGAUGGGUCAUCCGCAAGAAAUGAGAGGACCUCACAUGCAGGGUGGUUUACUCGGACAUGGUCCCCAGGAGAUGAGGGGCCUACAGGGACCCCCACCUCAAGGUUCAAUGUUAGGACCUCCACAGGAGUUACGUGGGCCACCAGGUGCACAAGGCCAGCAGGGGCCUCCAAAGAACUCUUUAGUUGGGCCUCAAGGAAGUAUGCAAGGACCAUCGGGACCUCCGGGACAGCAGAAUCCUUCAAGGGGGUCACAUCCUCCCCAGGGUCCACUACCUUUCCAGCAGCAGAAAACCCCUCUGCUUGGUGAUGGGCCUCGUGUCCCAUUCAGUCAGGAAGGACAGAACCCAGGUCCCCCACCAUUGAUACCAGGACUGGGGCAGCAGGGAGGACAAGGCCGUCUUGCCCCUCACAACCAAGGACCUGGCCCUAAUAAAGGUGACAACCGUGGCCCACCAAACCAUCACAUGGGCCCUCUCUCAGAAAGAAGGCAUGACCAAAACAGUGGUGGUCCAGAUCAUGGUCCUGAGAGAGGGCCAUUCCGAGGUGGCCAGGAGUGGGGUGAUGGUAGGGACAACAGGGGCCUGCCUGAUAGACGAGGACCUCACCCAGAUUUUCAUGAUGACUUUGAUCGACCAGAUGAUUUUCAUCCAGAUAAGCGAUUUGGCCACCGCUUGCGUGAAUUUGAGGGGCGAGGCGGCCCACUGCUACAAGAUGAGAAAUGGAGACGAGGUGGCCCAGGGCCUCCCUUUCCCCCUGAUCACAGGGACUUUGAAGGAGGGGGCCCAAAUCGUGGCCCUCCUGGGCCUUGGGAAGGACGGAGACCCUCUGAUGACAGAUAUCCGCGAGAACCUGAGGAUGCAAGAUUCCGGGGAAGACGGGAUGAAAGUUUCAGAAGAGGAGCACCCUCAAGACAUGAGGGGCGGGGACCCAGGGGAAGGGAUAGUUUUCCUGGGCCAGAAGACUUUGGGCCAGAAGACAAUUUUAACUCAUCAGAUGAGAACUCAAGAGGACGAGAUCAUGGUGGUCGGGGGCGAGGUCGAGGUGCUCCGAGAGGAGGCCGAAAGGGUCUACUUCCCACUCCAGAUGAGUUUCCCCGCUUUGAAGGAGGGCGGAAACCAGAAUCCUGGGAUGGAAACAGAGAACCAGGUUCCCGUCAGGAUCACCCUCCUCAUGAUGGACAGUCUCCUGCCAGCCGAGAGCGUUCUUCCUCACUUCAGGGUAUGGACAUGGCCUCACUGCCACCACGCAAACGUCCCUGGCACGAUGGACCAGGGACAUCUGAUCACAGAGAAAUGGAAGCUCCAGGUGCACCUCCAGAAGAGAGAGGCAAAGGACGUGGAAGCUCAGGACCUCCACAGAGAGUGCCAAAGUCUGGGAGGUCUAGCUCUUUGGAAGGAGACCAUCAUGAUGGAUUCCACAGAGAUGAAGGUUUUGGAGGCCCUGCAGGAGGAAAUAACCCUUCCAGAGGAGGGAGGAGUGGAAGUAAUUGGGGAAGAGGCAGUAACAUGAACUCUGGCCAGUCAAGGCGAGGAGCAUCCAGGGGUGGUGGAAGGGGCCGAUAGAAGAGGCUAUGAUUGGAUGAUACCCUCUCCUUAUUGGACAGUGUUUAAAUAGACACCUAUUGUGGACUCGAGAAAGUACUUCUGCAACUCCACAAAUCUGGACUCUUAACUGGGAUAACUGAAUGUGCAUUAGUUCCUAACAAGGAUCUUCUCCUAAGAUCAAGCGACUGCUGCUAGCAGCAACAUGGUAGCUGGCUUUCUAUUUCAUCCUCUCCACCUCUUUCUCCUCAACUUUUACCUGCAUUGUUUUGUAAAGAUAAAAGCUGGAAUUUUUUUUAGUGUUGUGAGACAUGGAGCACCUCCACAGAUUUCAGUUCAUGUCCAGGUGGAAACUUGUUUCUAUAUGUACAGUUUGUCAGAAAAAAAGUUGUUUUUGUAUGAAUACAGAAUGUAAUUUGCGCAAAAAUUAACAAAAAAUCAGUGCAGUAUGUGAUUCUUUAUCUUUACACUCUCCAUGAAACUACAAAACACCCCAUCUUCCAUAGAAUUUCCAUAUGUCACGUACAUGGCACCAUAGGACUAGCUCUAGAAGUUUCUACAGUACAGUUCCUAAUGCCUUAAUACAAUCAGUUGGGGUUUCAUGUUUUGAGAAUUUUUAUUUUUACACCUUUAGCAACAUUCUUGUGCUAUUAAAAAAUGUUAUCUGUUGUGAAGAAGUUGAGUCCAGUACAUACAUACACAACAAAAAACCAAAACCACACCAAUGCCCCCUCUCCUACCUUUCGUAAAAGGACAUAUGGGGAAUGCUGUGAAAAGCUUCUUUUGAACUAUAGAUCAUAUGAGCAAGCAUCCUAAUCCAGUUUGCACAUUCAAUGUUCAUCUGCUCCUGCUAAUCCUCAUUGAUUCAAGCCUUGCAAAGGGACCUGUCCUUUGUUCUCCAUGGUGUUAGUUUUACACCAUAAGCAAUAGACAUUCGGCAUCUUGAUUAACAGGGAUGUAUAUAAUUUUUUAUAGUACUGUAGUACACACCACGCUGCAGAGAAAUGAGGAAUGGCCACUAAAUUACAAGCUGGUGCAUUCUGAACCAUUAAGCCACCCUGAUUUAAAGAUUUUUAAGUAUUCUCCACAGGAUUUUGUUUAGUGCCAUUGCAACAUUACAAUUAUUUGCAUUUCAUAAUAAAGUUGUUUACCAAUUAUGGUGUUUCAGUUAUCACCAUAACAUAUGAGAUUAUCUGGCUUCAUCCACCAGCAUGUCUGUCUAAAGUAUUUCUAAGAUAGCUACCUAAGUAUCCUAAACCUCAUUUAAGAAAUUAGUAUUACCUAGAGCUAGCCUCUUCCUGAAAAUCAGAUUUCCCACCCUAUAGCAUUAGGAAACAAGAUCAAAUGUGGGAGGUGGCUGAUAGUGGUAUUUUAAUCAUCCUUUUCAUAUUUGCACUAGUAAUUUUUUUUUUCACAAGCCCCUAGGGUAAAUAGUACAUUAAGGAAAAGCAAGUGUAGGGCUGAGGGAGCUUGUUUAAGAAAUCAUAAGGAAAGAGUAAAUUAAUCCUCACUCUGUGAGUGUGGGCUGUGGCAGCCACUCCUUCACCCACUUACUUUGCCAAGCCAUCUACCUUCCCCUGUCCACAGUCUAAUUAGGUUAUGGAUUUGAAAUAUUUGUAGGAACUCUAUUUAAACAGAUCAAAGCAUAGAUAAAGGAGAAUUGCUAUGAUCUUCACAUUCCUGCUUACUCAGCAGCUGUCAUUCAGAUAUAUGCUUCUAUUGUACAGAACAGUUGUGACUGAGUCACAUGGUAGUGAAUAGGAAUACUGCCUAAUUGUUUUAUUGCAGAUACAGUGACACAAGAAAUGCUCCAGAAUGUUUGAGGUGGUCAGCUUACAACGUUUAUUGUACUAUGGCUGAAGAGAGAAGUAGCCCUAAGGAAAUGAUACACACAGUACAGUUUAGCAGACUCUUCUGAGCCAGGCUUGGCACAGGCUCAUGGCUUCUUGCUUAAAGAAAAGGUUAAAUUUCUAUAUGGGGACUUCUGAUGAAGGUUAUAGCUUAUCUGUGUAAAUUAAUUUCUGCAGCUCAAGGCAGAUCCUAGUUGUGUUAGGAUGUAAUAAAAGGGAAGAUAAAUAUUGUAAUUCAAACAGCUGGAAGAAAAGAGAAAACUCAGCAACCACUCUACCAUUAGUUAAGGGCUGAAAAACUCACUCCAUACAUCUGAGCCCAACAACAGGAAAACACUAGAAAUGAGGUUUUUAAAAAAAAAAAAAAAUUCAAAAACUUUGUUUUUCCUCUGCAGGUCUCCUUUAACCUAAAACCCUGUUUAACUCUUAAUACUGGAUUUUAGGAAAAACUACUUUCCCCAAACCACACCAUUCUAAAUUAGAGCUUUGAGCUCCCUUAAGACAAGCCAUGUGGAUAUGGUCACAAUUGGUACACAAAAGCUCUUGUUAACUUUAGGGUAAUAUCUUUAAGUCCAUAAUGCAGAAGAGCCACACAAGCUCUGCUGCUUUCGGGGAGAGGAAGGGAAGAAAAUGCCUAUGAGGCAGAACCAGGACAUCCUCAGCUCUUUAUAGAGCCAUGCUCUGCUAUGACCCAAUGUAUCUGUGCAGAUCUACUGUCCCUGUUACAAAACUGCAGAUACAACUGUAGCCUGUGGAGUAGAUUAGUAGUUGGAGGUUCUUGUGGCCAGCCUCCGGUAGUGGGAGGAUUUUGUCAUUUUCCAUAUAAGACCUUUUACCAGAGAGAUUAAGGAUUUACUAGGCUUUUACCGUAAAUAUUUUAACCUACAUUUUAAAAAAGUUAAUCUCAUCCAAGAACUUUAACCUAGGUUUAGUUUAGAAGCAAUCUCACACUAAUCUGAUAUUACACUGAUAUAAAUCCAAAUGAAACUAUAAAAGUAAACAGGAAGACAGAUUCAGUGCUGCUGUUUUU